GCAUCGACAUAUCAACACGCCCAGCUUGCCCGCAACAGCACAGCCUUGCACACGAUCAUCGCUGCCCCAAACAGCAAUGUCAACCACGUUUCUCUGGAACCCAACAACGCAGCAAUUGUGGGCAUGGCUUCGGGCCGUAUCCACACACCCCUCAUCUAUCGUCGCCUCUCGAAUCUGCUUGCAGCCCUCCAAAUCGGUCACUGUCAGUAAGUUGCAGCAACGCACUCCACUGACUGCUGCGAUCUUCAAGGCGAUCAACGUACGAGACAGUCCCGCCAAGGCAGCGACGCGGGACGAUGCUCAACGAUCUCCACAACCAGUUUCGCUGGCGCUCCACCACAGGAGCAAGGAUAAGCGGCGCUUGGACGAUCGUCAUAUCAAAUCCUACAUUGGGACGUGUCCACCUUCUAGUGAAGUAAGGGUAAUCUUGGCGUUGGUGAAGUGUUUGUCAAGGAGCACCUGUUGUGGGAGGGACAUGUGGAGUGGAGUCAGUACGCCCGCGACGUCGUUGUGCACGGUGCGGACGGGGCGCUAACUGUACCACACACGGAGCAGAACAAGCAGGAGGCAUAGCACCCACGUUGUAACGGCUUGAAUACACGCGUGAACACAAAUGCGCAAAAGCAACACUGAGA